AUGGGAGGGUUUUGGAAUCAAGCAGUUGCUUUGUUUAUCAAGAAUCUGAUCUACCAUAAAAGGCAUCUGAGGUCCAAUCUUAGGCUGAUCCUAUUCCCAGUUGCUUUGUUCCUUUUGCUGGGAGGGCUUCGAUACUACCUAAAUCAUCAAGACAAGGAUAAAGAACCUUUGGGGGAAAAAGAGCCUACAGCGUUGACACCCCUACUCCAAAUCUCACCUCCUGAGUUUCGAGCAUCUCAAGAUUUGCCAAACCAAUCUUGUCGAAACAACAAUGGCGCUUGUCCAGUAACAGUUCUUGUAACUGGAAACAACAGAACUUUUGUGGAAGGUGUGGCUGGGAAUCUGUUCACUAAUUUCACAACUGGACCUAAUGCCAGCGCUGAUGGUGUUUUUGUGGAGGAGGAACACCAAACUUCAAAAGGAUCGUACUAUUAUAUUCAGUCCCAAUGCACAAAGAACUUUUCAAUUCGCAUUUCUAUUCAAGAUAGAGAACAAGAUGCUUUAUGUCUUCAAGGUGUACAUCUCUGGCGUACGGACUUCAAACAGAUUAACAAUGAAAUAUUUAAAGGCUAUUACAAUGGGAAUCCCCAAGGAGAGAUCAAUGAGAUACUGACUGCCUAUGAUUUUCAAGACUCGAGCUUGACAAAUUUUGAUGUCAUCGUGUGGUAUAAUAAUUCUAAGACGCAGUAUGCCUUCGGAAAUCCAAUCAAACUGGGGUCCACAGCAAGUGCUAUGAACAUGGUGUGGAAUGCUUUUCUCAAAGUUUUACUUCGCCGUCCUGUGAAGAUGACACUAGAAUUUAUUGGAGAGAUGCCAACUCCCCAGGGUCUAGGACGCUCUUUGGACAUGGCGUCCACAAUUGGUGCAUUGUUUUACCCUUGGGUGAUACUACAAUUAUUUCCGGUCGUACUGACGUCGUUGGUAUAUGAGAAGCAGCAGAAAUUGACGAUAAUGAUGAAAAUGCAUGGUCUUGGUGAUGCACCUUAUUGGGUGAUUACAUAUCUAUACUUUCUGAUAAUAUGUUCACUCUACAUGUUAUGUUUUCUGGCCUUCGGCUAUGCGGCGGGGUUAGUGUUCUUCACAUUGAAUUCAAUUUCCAUCCAACUUCUUUUCUAUUUCCUCCACAUAAACUUGCUAAUUUCAUCAGCAUUUCUGCUCGGGAACUUGUUUUCAAAUGUGAAGACUGCUUCAGUGGUUGGUUUCAUUUUGGUAUUUGGAAGUUGGAUCUUGGGGAGAACUCUUUUUAAUCGCUUGAUUGAAGAUACUUCAUUUCCAAGAUCGUGGCUUAUCGUACUGGAGCUGUUUCCCGGGUUGUCUCUAUAUCGUGGAUUGUAUGACUUUGAUCAGUGUUCACAGCAUGGUUUCGACAUGGGGGCUUAUGCAUCAGGAGGAUGUCAUUGUCUUCUCCAAAUAUCUCGGAAGAGCACUUCAUCCUUCGACAACCGUUCACAAAACCAAGAAUCUAGGAUUCAAAUUCUACUUGAUAAACAGGACAUAGAUCAAGAGACUGAAAAGGUUGAACAGUUACUGAGUGAACCCAAUUCUGGUUAUCCCAUUAUCUCUGACAAGCUCCGAAAGACAUAUCCAUCACAAGAUGGGAACCCUGAGAAGCAUGCUGUCAAAGGUUUAUCUCUUGCUGUAGCUCAUGGAGAAUGCUUUGGCCUCCUUGGCCCCAACGGAGCUGGUAAAACUUCCUCCAUCAGCAUGCUGACUGGACUUACAGAGCCUAGCUCUGGCACAGCAUUUAUUGGGGGCCUAGAUUUGAGGACACAGAUGAGUGCAAUAUAUGCUAGCAUGGGUGUGUGCCCACAACAUGACCUCCUUUGGGAUACAUUGACAGGAAGAGAGCAUCUAAACUUCUACGGUAGACUUAAAAACCUCACUGGUGCAAACUUAUCAAAAGCUGUCAAUGAUUCUCUUGCCAAAGUUAAUUUACUUCGAGGAGAUGCUGAUAAACUUGUGAAGAAAUACAGUGGUGGAAUGAAAAGAAGAUUGAGCAUUGCAAUAUCCUUGAUAGGGGACCCAAAAGUGGUCUACCUGGAUGAGCCUAGCACAGGGUUGGAUCCUGCUUCAAGAAAUUUAUUGUGGGAUGCUGUGAGCCAAGCGAAACAGAAUAGAGCAAUCAUUCUAACAACCCAUUCUAUGGAGGAGGCAGAACACCUGUGUGAUCGUAUAGGAAUUUUUGUGGAUGGAAGCCUUCAAUGUUUGGGAAGUCCUGAUGAGUUAAAGCACAGAUAUGGUGGGACAUACAUUUUCACCAUGGCAACGUUGUCCCAGAAUGAAAAGGACGUGGAAGACUUGGUUAAGCAUCUCUCCCCAAACGCCAAAAGGACAUACCACCUAUCAGGAACCCAAAAAUUUGAGAUUCCAAAGGCUGACGUGAAGCUAUCAGUUGUGUUUUUGGCUGUAAAGGUUGCAAGGGAAAGGUUUACGGUCAAGGCUUGGGAGAUUGCUGACACUACUAUGGAGGAUGUCUUCAUCAAGGUAGCAAAAGAAACCCCGCUCUCUACCUAG